CGGACCCGCGGUCAGUCUGCAGCUGCGGGAGGCCAUGGGGCGCUUCGCCGCUGCACCGGUGGGCUCGCUGUUCGGGCUGGGGCUGCUGCUGUGUUGUCUGGGCAGUCUGGCGAGCGCCGAGCCCCGGGCUCCGCCGAGCAGGAUCGCAAUAGUCGGUGCUGGAAUCGGUGGUACUUCUUCGGCCUAUUAUCUAAGGAAGAAGUUUGGGAAGGACGUGAAGAUUGAUGUGUUUGAAAGAGAAGAAGUCGGGGGCCGUUUGGCCACUUUGAAGGUGCAAGGUCAUGACUACGAGGCAGGGGGGUCAGUCAUUCACCCCCUGAAUUUGCACAUGAAGCGAUUUGUCAAAGAGCUGGGUCUCUCCAGUGUUCCUGCUACAGGUGGCCUGGUGGGAGUGUACAAUGGAAAGUCUCUGGUGUUUGAGGAGAGCAGCUGGUUUAUAAUCAACAUGAUUAAGCUGGUAUGGCGCUAUGGAUUUCAGUCCCUGAGAAUGCACAUGUGGGUAGAAGAUUUGCUAGACAAGUUCAUGAGGAUCUAUCGUUACCAGUCCCAUGACUAUGCCUUCAGCAGUGUAGAAAAGUUGAUGCACGCCAUCGGAGGGGAUGACUAUGUCAAACUGCUUAACCAAACUCUCCGUGAAAACCUGAAGAGAGCAGGUUUCUCUGAGACGUUCCUCAACGAGAUGAUCGCUCCUGUCAUGAAGGUCAAUUUUGGCCAAAGCACCGACCUCAACGCCUUUGUGGGAGCGGUGUCGAUGACGGCUGCCGAUUCCAACCUUUGGGCAGUGGAAGGCGGUAAUAAAAUUGUUUGCUCAGGGCUCCUUCAGGCCUCUAGCAGCAAUCUUAUAUCUGGUUCUGUAAUGUCAAUCGAGGAGAAGACAAGGGCCAAACAGACAGGAAACCCCACAAAGAUGUACGAAGUGGUAUAUAAAACAGGAUCUGAGACCCACUCUGACUUCUACGACAUUGUCCUCGUGGCUGCUCCAUUGAACAGGAAGAUGGCCAACAUAACUUUCCGAAAUUUUGAUCCACCCAUUGAGGAAUUCAACGAUCCGUAUCAACACCUGGUGACAACUUUCAUCAAAGGAGAACUCAAUUCCACUCUCUUCAGCUCCAGACCCAAGGAUCAGUUUGGCCUCUCUGCGAUUCUUGUCACUGAAGACUCAGAGAUGUUUAUUAACAGCCUGUCCAUUGUGGGCUCUGUAAGACACAAGGAGGGUCCCCCACCGGCGGUGGAUGGCAUGCAUGUGUGGAAGACCUUCUCCAGGGACAUCCUCACCAAAGAACAAAUUUCAAAGCUCUUCCUGUCCUACGAUUAUGCUGUGCGGAAGCCAUGGCUGUCCUAUCCUCACUAUGAGCCUCCUCAGAAGUGUCCCUCCAUCAUCCUCCACGACCGGCUCUAUUACCUCAACGGCAUUGAGUUUGCCGCCAGCUGCAUGGAGAUGAGCGCCAUUGCUGGCUACAACGCCGCUCUCCUUGCCUACCACCGCUGGAACGGCAAUGACGACAUGAUUGAUCAGGACGACCUGUAUGAAAAGCUUAAGACGGAGCUGUAACAGAGCACUGCCCCUCCCCAGAGCACCCUGCUCUCCAAGGACGGAGUCAGCAGAGAGGAUUUUGAAUCUUUCCCAGCAGUCCUCAUGUGGGUCAUGAGAAAACACAAUGUUCCUGUUCUUCAGUCAGAAUGUCUUCACUCUUUGAUUUUGGGGGAGGCGCAGGGGGAUUGAACCUAAGGCCCCGUGCAUGCUGGGCAAGUGCUCUAUCACUGAGCUGAGCUCCACCCCUAGCCCUCUUUUGUGUUUUUUCUUUUAAGACUGGGUCUCACUAAGUUGUCCAGGUGGAAUCCUCCUGCCUCAGCUUCUGGAGGGCCUGGGAUUACAGGCCGUCCACAUUAGGCCUGGCUGUUAACUGUUUGGAGAAACAUUGGAGUGUUUCCAGGCUUGUCUGGUUUGAAGGGUCACCUGGAACUCGAUAGACACCUAGGCUGGGGUCAGUGGGCUGGUGUGGGCCUGGGUUUGUUUAGAUUGUAAUCUUUUUCUCUUUCUUUUCUUCUUUGGGGGAUGUUACAACUAGGUCUUAGUCUGCACCCCAGACCAGAACUCAUUAUGCAGCCCAGGCUGGUCUUUAAAUCACACCAGUCCUCCUAUGUCAGCCUCCUGUGUGCUGGGAUUACAGGUGUUUCCCAGUUCUGGCAGUUUACACUCUUGAUGAAAAUGUUCUUAAGCCUGAAGUCAUGACUUAAGAAUGUGACUUUUAAUUGCUUCUGUCUUGGCUUUAUCAGGGAUAGAUUCAGAGAUAGAAACAGAGAUAUCCUGUGAUUGGGAACUAAAUAUAAGCUAUUAAAUCGAGAAACUGGCAUUGUAAUACAAGGUCCUCAUAUGAGGAGUUCAGUUUUCCUAUACUAUGGGGAUUGAACCCAGGACCCUGAGUAUCCCAGACAAAUGUUCUACCACUGAGCUACAUUGCCAGACUCAAGAGCUUCAGGACCAACAUCCAGAGAAUGGAAUUUCCUAGGUUGAGGAUGGGGUCUUGGCUCUAUAGCUUUGUUGAGUUCAAGUUCCUCGCAUGCAGCCAAGGGUGAGCAAGUCCUGGGUGUCAGGGUUAAACCAUCUAUAGCGAGCUCUGAGUGCCUUAAAAGUGCUAAGCCACACAGAUCAUGACCAUAGCAGACUCGUGCCAGACGUGACUGGCUGCUCAGUGGUGACUCAGCUGUGGUCUCCAUGGGAACGAGCACUAGAGCAGAGGCAGCCUGAGUGAGCCCAGAGCAGUUGGCCUUAGAACCAGGUCUUCAUGGCCACUUGAGUUCAGAGGGAAGAGCAUCAGCUGCUGGGCAUGCUCAGUGAGGGGCCAUUGCUGCAAUCUUAAGACAGUGGCUCUCAGUUGGAGCUGCAUGUGGGAGUCAGGUUUCUCGUGUAGAUGAGCUCAAGAAAUCUAGUGUUUGGGCUACUCCUCAGAGGUCACCAGUGACUGUCAUAGCUGCCUAGUAUUAAGUGAAAAAAAGUAAUUUUGCUUGAUUGGUGGUACAUGCCUGUUAUCUGUACUUCUGUGACAAAGCAAGAGAGUCACGAGUUCAAGGCCAGCCUGGGCUGUGGCAACACCCUAUCUCAAGGAAUAAAAAACUCUCCUCACCGGAUUAUAGCGUUGCUUCAAUAAAGUGGUCUAAAAAAAAAAAAAAAAACCUGAUUGUUAAAAAUUAUUUUUCCUCGCUCUAGCUGUGGGAAUUAACAAUGUGUGGAGAAAGCAGCCAUGAUAAUUUGAUAUAGUGACAGAAAUUAAAUUCAUAGUUUAAUCAGAAGGUUGGGUUUUUCUAAUUUGUUCAGAGACAUUUGUAUUUUUUUCCUGUUGUGUUAAGGAAUGUGGUUUGUCAAAAAUACAACACUCUUGUGGCUUUGUACAGUGGCUCCUCAUCUGAGGGGGUGUGUUUCAUGACCCCCAGCGGGCACCCGGAACUGGGAAGCAGUGAGCCCCACAUGUUCUAUUUUCCACAUGUACAAUAUACCUGUGAUAAAGUGUUAAUUUAUAAAUUCGGCACAGUAAGAGAUUAACCACAAUAGUUAUAAAAUACAAGAAUUGUAACAAUUCAUCAUAAUGGGAGUCGAUUAAAACUUACAACUUA